ACUUAUAGUAAAUGGAAGAGGAAUACGGGGUGACGAGCUGUGAGCAAGAUCUAAAGGACAGAAGUAUCUUUUUGUCCUACUCAAUGACUAUUCUUCUCUAUGCGCAUGACCAAGUUCCACCAAUCAAAAUUUCAGAUUUUAGAACAACACAUGAUCGUAAUAUUUUCAUCAAUUUUCACAGUUUUUUUGUGAUUUGUUGUUUUCUGUGUACGAGAUCGUUAAUUUUAAAUGUAAAAUGGUUCGAUAUUGUGUUUUAUGUGGUAAUCGUGACAAAACAGUAUCUUAUCACAAGAGCCAUAAUGAUAAAGAUUGCAAACAUGAGGAAAUUGAUAUAAAACGGAACAAAAUGGUAAAUAUCUGUGAAGAGGAAGCAUAUACUUCAAUUCAACAUAUAGCUGAUGAAAAUUUGAAUGAACUAAUUCCAGAUGAAGAAGAAAUUCAUCACAGUACCAUUGAUGUAGUUUCAUUGAUAAAUGUAACUCCUCCAAACUCUCCACGUUAUAAUGAACCACGUUAUAUUGGUGAUAUUAAGACACCACAUUUAGCUACACCACGAAGAGCUAAGAGAGCUUUUAAUUUAGCAAAGCUGGUAGUAAAGAAACAAAGAAGACAAAUUUUAACAUUACAACAAACUACUGGUAGAUUGAAAAAGCGUCUUAAAACUAUAAAAGACUUAAUAGAUCACCUCAAGAAGAAGAAUUUCAUAUCAGAUAAUGCUGUCGAUUGCUUAAUGGUACAUUUUGGACAGUAUUCAUAAUCCGUUCUUAUAUUUAAGAUUGUUUUAAAUAUGAUCUUAAAAUGCUAUGAAUCGAUUAAAAAGUCAUAUUAGUAUCUUAAGACAGUAUUUAAGAUAAUCUAAGAAUAAAAAUGGACUAUGAAUACAACCUUUGAAAAAAUUGUAUAUAGUAAUAAGAUUAAUUUUCAGUGCA